CCCAGACUUCACCGGUGUGGGGACACAGACGUGUCCUGGCAGUGAAGACACAACUUUAGAAACACAAAUGGAGAUUCAGGACACCUCUGGAGGUGAAGACUGUCCAUUCUGCCAAAUAGCGAACAACCAGGCUGACGCAGACAUCCUGCUGAGCGAUGAUGAGCUGCUCUGUUUUCGUGACUUGAAGCCUGGGGCCACACAUCACUACCUCGUUAUUCCCAGGACUCAUAUCGACAACUGCAAAUCUCUCCAGGGGGAACACAUACCUCUAGUGGAGCGGAUGGAAGAAAUGGGGAGGAGUGUACUGGAGAAGAAUAAAGCCAGCCUGGAUGAUGUCAGGAUGGGGUUUCAUGUGCCUCCGUUCUCAUCUGUUCCUCACCUCCACCUCCACACUCUGGCUCCAGCCAGUAAGAUGAACUUCAGGUCGCAGCUUCACUACGGACCGCGGUCUUACUGGUUCAUCACAGUCGACAAAGUGCUUUCUCAGUUGAAGACUUGUGGCAAGGUCAAAUGAAGAAACACAAAGAGUUUGAAGGUGCAAUGUUCUUCUUUCAUGUUGACAGGUUAUUUAUUGCCAUACUCCUUGACUGAGAAUUUUAAAUCCAUCGUCCAUAUGGCUUGACAUUUUUAUGUUAAUGAUUUUAAAAUUAUUUAUAUUCCUUUAAUGCGGUUGGGUGAUUAAGUUGUUGAUAAAAGUGGAAAAAGGGCUUUUUUUUAGGGUGGAGGUGGUAAGAAUUGGACCUUUCCAAGGAUAAUUUUUAAGUCCUACUUAAUUUUAAGUAACGUAUCCUGGUCCUAUCAGAUACAAUGAUGUUGUGCAAUAAGGAGAGAAUUACAGAGUUUAGGAUUUGCAUUAUUUAUUUAACUUUAAAUCUUUAAGACUAUCUUGAAAACUGAAAACAUAUCUUUUUGCAAUUAUCUGAAAACUACUUCAGAAAAUCAUUUAACUAUACUUUUUUUUACCAUAUCAAGUCAGUAUUUAUAGUGAAGGACAAUCAUGGUAGUUUGUAUGUUUACUUUUCUGUGUUUAAGGAGGAGAUCAAUUGAAAUAGCUGCUUAUACAUUUGAUAUCUUUGCGUCGUAAUGUAUCUGAUGAACUGGGGUACAAAAUGUCUUUUAAUCUUUAUAUAAUGUUUUAUUUAAUUUUAAUAAAAGAUCUUGAGAAGCUCAAAGUAGUGGGAUAAUCUCU